GCAUUGAUCAACUUCAGCGGGGAGACGCGAUGCGGCAGGACGAGGUGGAGGUGCUGUGGAUAACCAACCGUAGGCUGACCUUUAGGAUCCUAAUCGGGUUGUUAGAGGUCUCUAGAAGAGGAUGCCGUGGGUCGUGCACGUCAGAUUUUCGCUGGAGUACGCAUGUGCAGCUUAGAUGCAGCUAGACUUCCUGGAAAAGAUACGAGCGAAGGCUUGUCAAAGAACACCACACAUGUGCCACGAGCCACGCCUCUACACCCUUCAACCCCGGCAGGAUGUGGCGGGAAUCACUGCUCCAUGUAAUAUAAGGCCAGUGGGUGCCGAGUGGCAUCGUCUGGUUAUGGCUCUCAACUAAGUUUGUCCCAGGCCUUCCAAGACGCUUUUAAGCACACCAACCUUCCUCGAGAAUCAGAUAACCUUCCUGCUACCAGCACCUUCGGGGCAAUAGAGGCUGUGGCAUCACACUUUUGACCACAUCCUGCUUAGGCCCCAAAUCCCCAACGAGAACAGUCGCCGCUUAAGAUAUGAUGUUUCGCCAAGUGUCUCUGGUGCAAUGCAAGAUUGUGUCAGCGGUGAAAUGUUGGGCUGUGGCAAAUUCAUGGGUGCCACACCAUCAGCAUCACCACUACUCCACCACAACAGAGGAUGAUAGCCACAAGACCUUAGACCAGUAUCCUAAAACAUAUGACCCAACCACCUACCGCCUUUCCUUUGAUCCUUUAGAGUCGAGUGCAAUCAUGGAUGUUCUAAAUAAUGCAACCAUGCAGCACUUGGCUACCUGUGGGAUUGGCAAGGGCAUGGCCAGCAGACUCCUGAAGUAUCGGGAGAGGAUUGGAGGUUUUCAAGAACUCUCACAGCUAUUAGAAGUGGAUAGAUUGGGUAUAAAAGGAGCUGAGGAUGUGUGCAAAAGUUUACUACAACAUUGUGGUUCUGUGGGUGUGUCUGAAGAGACAUCAUCAGCAUCAUCAUCAUUGCUGCAGCAUGACAUGGCUGAUUUAGAGACAUUGAUUGGUCAGAAGCGUCUUGUCAAGCCACAGUUAUCAAAGGCUAUAUUGAAGACCACUGAUAAUUUUGUUGCCCUCCAUGUAACGGCUGGCUUCUUGUCAUGGGUGUUGUGUGGAGCUGAUGGGCAGAUAUACAACUUAGCAACACACACACUGCUCACACCCAACUCCCGAUUUGAUGCACUGAGAAUAUAUGAAAAAGUGCUGAGUGUUACUCAAGAGAUCCCUGAGGCUGACUUUUAUGUGUGGGAAGACAGAACAAACCAUGGUCAGUUAGCCAAGGCACCUCUAGGUACUGUGAUGGUGGCCCUGCAGCUGGCUCAGGUGAGAAGGAACAGGAUUCGAGGCAUGCUAAUAGCUCUCCUGGGAAGCAGCAUGGAGAAAAGGCAGAGUGAAAGCCAAAGUUGCCUCCUAUUUCUUAAGGAUUCUGUGGUGCCCAAGCUGUUCAGACUAAAGAUGGGUGGUGAUCGGCUGUCUGGAUUGGGUGUGGCAGACAAGCUGAUGGAUGGCCAGCAGGUGAUGGAGUGGCUGUCACCUGUCACCCUCAAGCCAGAGGUUCAUAAUGCUUACUUUAGUGAGGCAGCGGCUGAUCGGCGGUACACAGCGGCUGCAGUGCUAGUGGCUGUAGCCUUCCAUGAGGUGAUACUUAGUAAGAAUAUUGCUGCACUGAGAAUACUAAGCCAGUAAAUAGUGUUCAUGUCUCUUCUCUCUUUGAACAUCAUAAUCUUUAUUAUCAGUCAUCAUCAUUAUCUUUACUAUUUUGUGUCAUUGUUAUUGUUGGUCUCUUCAUUUUCUGCAUUCAUUCAUGUCUGAUUUUUUGUCUGACAUUAUCAUAUCAUCAUCAUUACCAUCAUCAUUGUUACAAUUCGCUUUAUCUUUUAAAGGUUAUUUCUCAAUUUUCUUUCCUUCUUCAUCAUCAUCAACAAUAUUGUCAUUAUGAGCUGUUGUGUAAUAAAAUUAUCAUGAAUCAGAA